UUACUUAUAGAUAUCAUAACCUCUUUUCUCCUUUUGGAACGAACUUUACCACGUGUAAGUGUCGUUCCCGGAUUUUCGUCUUGUAUUCUGUUUCAUCCAUACUUAGUUCUUAGUUUUUCUACGCACUAAUUGACAAAAUGCCUCCUAAACUUGAUCCUAAUGAAAUUAAAAAAGUUUAUCUUAGAUGCGUUGGAGGCGAAGUAGGAGCAACUUCAUCUCUAGCUCCAAAAAUUGGUCCUCUUGGUUUGUCUCCAAAAAAAGUUGGUGAUGAUAUCGCUAAAGCUACCAGCGACUGGAAAGGUUUGAAGAUUACUGUACAAUUAACGAUUCAGAACAGACAAGCCACGAUUUCGGUAGUUCCAUCUGCUGCAUCUUUAAUCAUCAAAGCACUAAAAGAACCUCCUAGAGAUCGUAAGAGACAAAAAAAUAUUAAACAUAAUGGAAACUUGUCGUUUGACGAUAUUCUUUCCAUUGCUCGAUCAAUGAGACCAAGGUCCAUGUCAAAGUACCUUAGUGGUACUGUUAAGGAAAUACUAGGAACUUGUCAAUCUGUUGGAUGCACAGUUGAAGGUAGACCACCACGAGAUCUUAUUGAGGAAAUUAAUGGUGGAAAACUCCAAGUUCCAGAUGAGUAAUGAUUUGUCAUAAGGAGUAAAAAAAUAAAACAUUUUUAAUAUGAAA